GGACGCCAAAGAUGGCGUGAGUUUCAAACCGUCCCGAGCUGAAUGUUACAAAGGAAAAUAAUUGUGUUGGAGACAUGCAGCGCAGACCAGCGGAUCGGAGCAGAAAGCCCGACUGGAGCCAGAGAGCAUAGAGGAGAACCAAAGACCCCAAGGCAAAAUUAACCCAUUGUGUUUCCUUCAGGAGGCGAGAGAGGAAGAGGAGGAGAAGAGGAAGGAGCCGGAGGAGGAGUGAUGAAGAGGACUGUAAGGGAGAGGAGCGCGUCCUCAGAGAGGAGGGACAUCAGCCAGGAGUCCAGAGAGCUCAGAUGGAGGCUCAACCAGCUGGAGAAGGAGAAUCUGAAGCUUUCAGUGCGCCACAACCAGGAGGUGUGUUUCCUGCAGGCGGAGGUGGCCCGUUUUCGCUCCUUCAUGGAGCGCGGUGAGGCUCAGCGAACGAAGCUGCAGUUCCAGCUCGCUGCCAGCCGCAGAGAGAGCAACCGGGUCGCCGAGCUCGACCGGGACAGAACCGCUCUGACAGAGAAAUCAGCAGAGCUGCAGCAGACCAUCGCAGAGCUGCGGAAAACUCUGCAGGUCAGCCAGCAGGCCAGGCAGGACGACCAGCAGGCGGUGGAGGAAAGGGACCAGCUGAUCCAGAACUUCAGCUCCGAAAAUCAACGGCUGCACCAACUGCUCCAGGACCAGCAGGUGGCUGUGGAGGCAUCUGAGAGGAAAAUGACCGACCUGCUGCGGGAGAGACAGAAGGAGGCGGAGGAAAACAGACGGCUAGCCGAAGAGCUGAAGCUGCAGGAGAGGAGCGGCAGGGAGAAGGAGAUCGCAGAGGAGAAGGUGAAGCAUCUGGAGGCGAACAUGGAGGCGGAGAGAACGGCUCACCUGGAGUCCAGGAGCAACCUGGAGCUGCAGGUUCGGGACCUGGAGGCAGCGGUAGCAGUGGAGCAGUCCAGCCAGAAGGAGGCGCAGUGCAACCUGGAGAUGCUGCGAACGCACUUCAGAGAGCUGAGAGCUUACAGCCUGGAGAGGGAGAGGAGGGGUCACACUGACCACGCUCUGGAGCGCCUGCAGACAGAGUUCAAUCACUGCAAGACUGAGAUGGCGGUUGCCUUGGAAACCGAGAGGAAGGCAACCUCUGACCUCUCCAAAAAGCUUGAGGAGGGGAAGAGUCAACUUGGCAAAACGCAGUUGUUGCUGCAGCAGGCGGUAGCGCAGCGUUCUGAAACAGAGGAUGCCUUCCACAGCUUCCUGCAGCAGAUCACCUCCCUGCUCGGCACCACGGCUCAAAGCACAGCACAACCUGCAAAGCAUGAUGGGAAACCGAGUCCGACUGAGAUCCUGCAGCUGCUGGCGGUCACUCUGAGCACCAAGCAGCACAGACUGGAGGAAACCACCCUCCAGGUCCAGGAUCUGCUGGCGGCGACCCAGAAGCUCCACCAGGAGAACCAGCUGCUCCAGCAGCUGACCUCAGAGCAGCAGAAACAAAUUGGUGAGGUGCAGCAGGCGCUGGGCCAGCUGCAGGACGAGGCCUCUGAUUGGUCGAUGCAGAACGCAGCGCUGCAGGAGGAGCUGCAGACAGUGAAGGAGGAGAGCAGAAAGGAGAUCCGACAGAUGAGAGAGGAGUUCAACAAGGAGUCAGCGGUCCGCCUGGCCUUCCUGCACCGCCUCAACCAGCGCCUGCUGACCGGCUGCGUCCUCACCCAGCCGCCCCACGGCAUUCUGGGAGACUUCACCUGGAGGGAGCUGUGUGAUGUCAUCAGCGAGCAGGUGGAGCAGAUGACCUCUGACCUGCAUCAGGCCAAGGACAAGAUCGCUCACCUGCAGAGUGUUUGUGAGAAGAAGAGUGUGUGUGUGUGCGAGCUGAAGCGCAGCCAGGAGUGUGUGUUGACUAGCCUGCAGGAAAACAUGAAGAGGAGAGAGGAGACAUGGAGCCAGCAGCACACACACACCGUCAACCAGCUGCAGAACCAGCUGCAGAUGUGUCGCUCUCAGUGUGACGCCCACAGGGACCGCGUCUGCUCCCUGGAGCGCCUCUGCUCCUCGCUGACCUCCGACCUCUCCCGGAGCCGGAGGGAGUGGUCGUCCCUGUCGGCGGCCUGCGCCCUGCUGGCGGGCGCCCUGAGGCACGCCCGCGGCUGCGUGCGCUCCCUGUCCGAGCAGAAGGCGGUCCUGGGCCGGCGGCUGGCCGAGCGGGAGCGGCUGGAGCUGGAGGUCCGGAAGCUGGCCGACGCGCUGGGCGGCGAGCGGACGGAGGAGGAGGAAGAGGAGGAGCGCGGAAGGAGGGCGAGGAGGAGGUGGAGGAGCGGCGCGGGCGCCGUGAUGGCGGUGAACCGGUGGACGGCUCUGAGGAAGGAGAGCGAGGUGCUGCUGCGGCUGGAGAGGAGCGGCGGCAGCGUCUGCGUGUGUGGAGCGCCGCGUACGGCGGCCCGGAAGGGAGCUGAAGUUCCUGAAGGAGUUUUGUUUCGCUGGCUUCGCUCUAAAAGCCUCUCCACCAUCAUUCUGUCCUCCAUGGUCGACCUGCAGGGGGCGCUGAGCCCGCCUCUCUCUCCAGACUCCUCCCCCGCUCAUGUCAUGGCCGCCGCUCGCUCCGGGUUCUCCCGCCUCCUGGACCAGCUGCUGGACCAAUCAGCUCGCAGUGUUUCCUCCGGUUCGGCUGAGCGGAUGGCAGAGCGCUCCUCCCUGAAGGUAGAGGUUGGACUUUGGUUCUGCAGAACCUCUCUCUCCGCUGACCUCAUGUCCCUCCGCCAGACUCUGGUCUCCGGCCUCCAGCAGCACUUCCUGCUCUUCAGCCAACGGCUGCACUCCGCCGAGGUGGAGAGGCGGAGCCUGCGGCUGGAGGUGACCCACCUGAAGAAAGGGCUGCAGCAGGAGCGGGCGGAGCUGGUUCUGAUGGUUCCGACGGAGCGAUUCCAGACCGCCUGCGAGGAGCUGAGGCUCUCCCUGAACCGAGAGCAGGAGGCGCAGGAGCUGAUCCAGGAGCAGAGCAGGCAGCUGCAGCUGCUGCAGCACCGGGUCGACAAGCUGGCCUCGGAACAAACACUGGCCCAAAGCAAACAGCUGAGCCGUAAAGAGAGCUCCCUGAGGAUUCUGGGUAAGCAGCUGGCAGGCGUCCAGAAGGAGAAGAGGCAGCUGGAGCAGCAACUACAGAGAGCCGAGGAGCAGCUGAGGGACGCACUCAGGCGGCAGCAGUUCGUGGUUCGCUGCCUCAAAGCUGCAGAGUCGAGCUGCAAGCAGGUCAGAGAGAGUCUCGGCCUGUCACAGCACUCUGCCCCCGCUCAGCGGCGCCCCCUGCUGUUCACCAUGGAGUACCUGAACAUGAGCGAAGAGAAACACCUGAUGGGAGCUCCUGAGGUGGCGGCGUGUCAGAGCUUCCUGUCCGCCGUCUCGCAGCUCCACCAGGCCUGCUGCUCCCGCAUGGACUGGCUGGAGCAGGAAGUCUCCGCCCACCACAGUCAUGUGACCGCUCUGCGCGGCGAGCUGCAGGACGCCUGCCUCCGGGAAAACCUGGCCUUCAUGCCCGUGGACGCUCUUGCUGGACCGGAGGGCGACGAGGAGAAACGCGACUUUCUUCCUCUCUCUGGCUUCUCUGACAAGCCGGUCUCUAGAGAAGAUGUGACCCGACUGUUCUGAUCGGAAGCUGGAACAAAAACUGGCUCCUGCUUUCGGUUGAUGUGGGAUCAACCUGGAAGUUUCGCCUCCAGGAAGCGUGAAUCAGCCUGUGGAGGUUCCUGCUUCCAGUACCAGAAAACCAAACAUUUCACUCUCACCUCUUUCUGUUAUUUAAAUGUCAGUUUAACUUCAUGCGAUUUUUUAUUAACAGACGACAACAAAUGAAUCCCUAAUUCAAAAUGAGAAGGGAAAAGUGGGUAAAAAAGGAAAAGAAGGCAAAUUCUGGGAGAGACAGGAAGCUGAAAAAACAGACGAAUGAAACAAAGUCAGGAAGACACAAAACAAGAAAAAAACAAAAAAGAUAAAACAUAUUUGAGAAGUUGUUGAGUUUUUAAACCUGCUGAGAUAAUAAAGAGAAUAGAAAUGAAAGAAAUAAAGUCAAGAAAUGAAAUUCUCCUAAAAAACAAAAAAAUGACCAGGAUGGAGAAAAGAAGCCGUGAGCGGUUAUCAGACCCUAACCUUUAACCCCUAACCUUUAACCCCGGACCCUAGCCCAGACGGGCCGCGUCUGAUUAAACCCAUAAUCAGUUUCAUUAGUCAUGAUUUGAAUUUUAGACCAUAAAAAUGUUAGAAAUUGUUUCUGAACUCACAGCUUUGACGUUUGGGACGUGUCGUCUGUUGUUGGCGCCCCCUAGAGCCCAAACAAUAUUUAGCUUGAUCAAUUCUCAGACUUCAGAUGACAAACAGAAAGCAGCUUUUCACCCAGAGGCCACGCCCACCUCCUCAUGUCAUCCCGUGUCAGAGGUUGAGUCGGCCAUUUUGUGAAAUAAACGGUUUAAAGUCAGGGAAACUCCUGGUGUUUGUAAAACGAUCCUCUGCCUGAUCCUCGUCAAUUGGACCAAUUGAUCUGAUUAUCUGUUUUUCUCCUGCUAGCGCUAGGCUAGCAUGGUUGUAUUUACCCAGAAUGCCCUGCACUGUGGUUCAAUUCCUGCUUUUGGAGAAGUCUCCGGUCCGCUUCGAGUUCACAUUUGCAUUUGAAGCAAACUAUAGUUCAACUGAACCCAGACGGGUCAGAGUUCACUUUUUGUUUUUACGAUCUGGACUUUCUAUGCAAACGGACUGGAGUUGGACGGAACCGGACUGAACGGGACUCCCGUUAAAGUUUCAUCAGAGAAGCCUAAGAUCCAUCUGAAGCGUUCCCAGUCCUCAGGGAAACACCAAACCACCUGAUCAGGAUUUAUUUCUGAUUGAAGUCGGAGCGUUUGAUUCUGCUGAGUCAGCACUCAGACGCGGCGCCCCAAGCCGCCGCCGCCGCGUCUCCAGAUGAGACGAUCUGCUCACGACAGACGAAGGUCCCAUCGCUCGCUCUGCUCCGGGCCAGGAUGCCGCAUCAGCUGCUGAGGGACACGCACAGCGCCGCUGACUCAGCUGGAAACCCGUUUCCUCCCCUGGAGCCUCAACAUGUCUCCUCCAGUCAGAGCAUCACUCACCUCAGCAUUCUGCAACUGGAACAGACGACAGA